AGCCGGCAUUAGCUCCUCCUCUGUGGGUCACACUCUCGGCCAGGCCGGGCUAACCCUGCCGCUGCCUCCACGCCAACCUUUCGCACAGAAAUGGAUUAAUCAUUUUUCAAAAAUGUCCCACGCUUGUUUUUAGAGAACGAUCAGCCUGAAAAUUGAGACUCUGCUUUGAUUGGCUGUGAAAGUAGGAGACACACACCCCUCUCUGAGGAGAUCUCUCCUGAAGAUGUUUCCACAAUCAGGGAAAUCCAUCGUCUUUGACAACUUUCCAGAUCCCACUGACACCUGGGAAAUCAUCGAGACCAUCGGGAAGGGGACGUACGGAAAAGUCUACAAGGUCCUCAACAAAAUAGAUGGAAGUAAAGCAGCGGUGAAGAUACUAGAUCCCAUCCAUGAUAUUGAUGAGGAGAUAGAAGCAGAGUACAACAUCCUCAAAGCUUUGUCCGACCACACCAAUGUCGUCAAGUUUUUUGGGAUGUACUACAAGAAGGAUAAGAAAUGUGGAGAUCAGUUGUGGCUCGUGCUGGAGCUUUGCAAUGGCGGCUCGGUGACGGAUCUGGCCAAAGGCAUGCUGAGGAGAGGGGACAGAAUGGACGAAGCCAUUAUUGCCUACAUCCUGCACGAGGCCCUCAUGGGUCUCCAGCACCUGCACGUCAACAAGACCAUUCACCGCGACGUCAAGGGCAACAACAUCCUGCUGACGACGCACGCAGGGGUCAAACUUGUGGAUUUUGGUGUCUCGGCCCAGCUGACAAACACCCGUCUGAGGAGGAACACCUCCGUUGGAACUCCCUUCUGGAUGGCACCUGAGGUGAUAGCCUGUGAGCAGCAGCUGGACUCGACCUACGAUGCUCGUUGUGAUGUUUGGUCGCUGGGCAUCACCGGCAUCGAGCUGGGAGAUGGAGACCCGCCCCUCUCGGAACUCCAUCCAAUGAGAGCUCUUUUCAAGAUACCCAGAAAUCCUCCGCCUACCCUCCACCAGCCGGAGCUCUGGUCAGACAACUUUAAUGACUUCAUCUGCAAAUGUCUGAUUAAGGAUUUUGAGCUGAGACCAAAUGUGCUCGACCUGCUGCAGCACGUGUUCAUCAAACAGAUUCUGGGCAGAGAGAGAAUUCUGCAGAAACAAUUGAUUGAACUCAUUGAUCUCAACCAACAAAUAGGAAGCAUUGAAAAAACAAGCCAUCACGGAAAGACAAACAGAAGCACAGACAGUAAUGACAGUUGCAGGCAUGAACGCAUCCACACUAAAAAAGGAAGCCACAUGAAGACGCAGGGUGACCCGGACGAGGUGGAAGACCUCGCCACCUUAGAAGUGCUGGACGAGAACACGGUCACCGAGCAUCUUCAGAGUCGCUAUGGAAGAGACCAAAUCUACACAUAUGUGGGGGACAUCCUCAUCGCAGUCAAUCCUUUCCAUAAGAUGGAGAUAUACAAUCCUCAGGACACUAAGAUGUACAUCGGAGCCAAACGCACAGUGAACCCGCCGCACAUCUACGCUGUGGCCGAUAUCGCCUACCAGUCCAUGGUGUCAUACAACACAGACCAGUGUGUUGUGAUCAGCGGAGAGAGCGGAGCAGGGAAAACAGAGAGUGCUCAUCUGCUGGUGCAGCAGCUGACUGUUCUCGGGAAGGCCAAUAACCGGACGCUGCAGGAGAAGAUCCUGCUGGUCAACAGCCUGGUGGAGGCUUUUGGAAACGCCUGCACCGUCAUCAACGACAACUCCAGCCGCUUCGGCAAAUACCUGGAGAUGAAGUUCACCUGCGGAGGAACGGUGGUGGGGGCGCAGAUCUCCGAGUACCUGCUGGAGAAAUCCAGAGUCAUCCACCAGGCCGUAGGGGAGAGAAACUUCCACAUCUUCUACUACAUUUACGCGGGCCUGGCCGACAGGAAGAAACUCGCCCACUACAAGCUCUCCGACAGCAAAACCCCUAAGUAUCUGUGUAACGAGCACAUUAAAUUAGGGCCUGACAUCGUGAGCAACACCUUCUACAAGGAGCAGUUUGACGCAGUGGAGCAGUGUUUCAAAGUCAUCGGAUUCACCCUGGAGGAGCUGGGCAGUGUGUACAGCACCCUGGCCGCCAUCCUCAACUCUGGAGAUAUCGAGUUCAGCCCGGUCGCCUCGGAGCAUCAAACUGACAAGAGCAACAUCUCCAACAUUUCUGUGCUGGAGAACGUGGCCUCGCUGCUGCAUAUCCGCUCAGACGAGCUCCAAGAAGCCCUGACCUCCCACUGUGUCGUUGCCCGGGGAGAGACCAUCGUCAGGCCCAACACGGUGGAAAAAGCAGCGGAGGUGAGGGACGCCAUGAGCAAGGCUCUCUACGGACGCCUCUUCAGCUGGAUCGUCAACCGCAUUAACUCGCUGCUGCGGCCCGACAGCCACCUAGGAGAAGAGGACAAGGGCCUGAACAUCGGCAUCUUGGACAUCUUCGGUUUCGAGAACUUCAAGAAGAACUCUUUCGAGCAGCUCUGCAUCAACAUCGCCAACGAGCAGAUCCAGUUUUACUUCAACCAGCACAUAUUCGCCUGGGAACAGGAUGAAUAUCUGAAUGAGGAGGUGGACGCUCGGAUGAUCGAGUACGAGGACAACCGACCUCUCCUGGAUCUGUUCCUACAGAAGCCCAUGGGGAUGCUGUCACUCCUGGACGAGGAGAGUCGCUUCCCACAGGCCACAGACCAGACUCUCGUAGAGAAAUUUGAAGAUAAUCUGAAGACCAAAAGCUUCUGGAGACCAAAGAGAGUUGACCUUGGCUUUGGGAUCCACCACUAUGCUGGAAAGGUGAUUUACAACGCUGCCGGCUUCUUGGCCAAGAACAGAGACACGCUUCCAGCCGACAUCGUCCUGCUGCUGCGGUCGUCAGAGAACGAGCUGAUUCGCAAACUCGUCACCCACCCGCUCACCAAAACAGGAAACCUCGCCCACACCAAGGGCAAAGUCAUAAACACGAUGUGCAACCCGCGGACCCCGACACGCACCAUCAACUUCGCCAAGAUGGGAGUGUUAACCCUAUACACUGCUUCUUGUUUCAGUGAGCCUGCGCGGGAAAUAAAGCUCACGCCUGAAAAAAUAAGCUUUCUCAAUGCGUCUCUUGAUGGCAGAGUGCAAACGGCGGGGGAACAAGGAGACGUUCCGUACCACCCGAGAGAAACAACCAACAUGAGAACGCAGACCGUGGCCUCCUACUUCAGAUACUCUCUGAUGGACCUGCUGUCCAAGAUGGUGGCGGGGCAGCCUCACUUCGUGCGCUGCAUCAAGCCCAACAACGAUCGCCAAGCUAACAAGUUCGACCGGGAGAAGGUUCUGGUUCAGCUGCGUUACACCGGGGUCCUGGAGACCGCCAAGAUCAGGCGGCAGGGCUACUCCCACCGCAUCCUGUUGGCCAACUUCAUAAAGAGAUACUCCAUCUUGGCGUUUCAUGCUCAUGAGGAGCCGGAUGUGACUCCAGAAACCUGUUCAACAAUACUGGAGAAGGCCAAGCUGGAGAACUGGGCAAUGGGGAAGACCAAAGUUUUCCUGAAGUACCAUCACGUGGAACACCUGAAUCUGAUGGUGCAGCAGGGCACGCAGCGACUCGUUCUGCUCCAGGCUUACAUUCGAGGCUGGUUGGGAGCCAAGCGGUACCGGCGGAUAUUAAAAGAGCGAGAACAGAGCGCUCUGGUGCUGCAGUCAGCUUACAGAGGUCACAAAGUUCGGAAGAGGGCCACCGAUGACAAAAACAAAGCAAAGUUUGAGGCCUUCAUCGUGCAGUUUCAGGCUGUUUGCAGAGGCUAUCUUGCAAAAAAGAAAUACAAGGAGUUGGUAGACGAGAAGAACAAAGCUGCAACCAAGAUUCAGGCUCGCUACAGAGGGCAUAAAGAAAGGAAAAGCUUCAAAAGAAAACGGGAAGCGAAGGAAAAGGCGGAACAGGCAUCUGAACCAGAGAAAAGCACCAACGACUCGAAUCCAGAAACUGAAGCAAACAACGAAGAGGAGGAAGCUAAAGCUGCCGUCGUUCUCCAGAGCAACUACAGAGGCUUCAAAGAGAGGAAAAAGUUUAAGGAGAGGAAACAGACGAUGGCUGGGUCCGAGGUAGAGUCACCGCCAAACACGGCGGUGUUAGGGGAUCAGGAAAGAGGUGGGAAAGACGCUACAAGCAAAGAAGGAGAGAGGGAGAAGAUAAAAGAUAAAGAGGAGAAUGAAGAGGAUGAGGAGAGUACGUAUGAAGCAGAGGAAAACGAUGACAGUGAUCACACACAGGUGGCAGAAGACGAGGAACAUACAGAGGUAGUGGACGAGGCCGUGAUCGAGGACGCGCCAGAGGCAGAUGCUGGAAAAGAAGAGCGGGAAGAGGACAAGAAUGGAGAGGAAAAUGCAGCAGGGGACGAGGAAGUCAACGUUGAGGAGGAAACCAAGGCGGCGACUGUUCUCCAGAGCAAUUUCAGGGGUCACAAAGAGAGGAAGAGGUUGCAAGAAGAAGGUAAAAUCCCAGCUAAGAAACAGAAGAAAAGCCCAACUGGUGAAGAAGCGGCGCAAACAGCGAUCAGCCCUGAAGCUGAGGAAGACGUGCAAACACCAGAGGACAUCUGCAGCGAUGGAGCAGAAGAAGAGGAAACUCAAGAAGCUUCUUUGACAUCAGGCGACCAGGACGAGACAAAAGCGGCCGUGGUGCUUCAGAGCAACUUCCGUGGCCACAAGGAACGCAAACGACUCGAGGAGGAAGGAAAGAUCCCAAAGAAAAGGAAGAAAGAAGAGAUCUCACCCGAACGUCCAAAAGAAGAAGAGGAGGAAGAGUUGAUACACACAGAGGAAUCGGUGCCAGAAUCCCAACUGGACUCAUCUGCUGAGAACCUGGACGAAGUGGACGAGGAAAAAGCUGCGACUGUCCUGCAAAGUAACUUCAGAGGCCAUCGAGACCGAAAGAAACUGAAAGCAGAGCAAGACGCACGGAGGAGAGCGAAAGAAGGAGAGGAGGAGAACGAGGAGGAGGUGGUCCUGGACGUUUCUGAUAUAGUGAUCGAACGUAGAGAGGAGAGCGAUGUCGAAAAAGAACGAAUGGAGGAAGAACAGGCUGCGGUGAAGAUCCAGAGCAACUUCAGAGGGUACAAGGACCGAAAGAACCUGAAGAGCAACAAGCAAACAGCACAGAGAGAAGCUGGGGAGCUGCAGAGCUUCUCCAAACAGGUCGCAAAAACGUCUCAGGACUUUGUGACCCUGCAGGACAAGUUGAACGAGAUCAUCCAGGCCCAUCAAUCAAACCCCGUGAACAACGGCAUGUUUGUGAGAGGCAAAGCAAUCAAUGGCUUCGCUCCCCAGAAUCACCAAUCAACUCAGAAGAUGCUGUCGCGGACCCCCCGCAGGACGCAGCAGCCGAAGACCCUGAACACGCCAGAGGACUCCACCUACUACAACCUGAUUCAUCGCUCCGUCCAGGAUGACAGACGCAAGCCCAGGAAAGAAGAUCCAGGGAAGCUGCUGGAUGUCGACGACUACUACUACAGAGGCCUGGUCACCAGCAGGUCUGAACCCUCCAUAUCCACAGAGGAAACGUCCCACAGCAGCAGCAUGGCCGAGAGUAGGCGCUCCUCGGUCAGGAGGCGCUCCUCGGUCAGGAGGCGCUCCUCGGACAGGAGACGCUCCUCGGACCGGAGGCCGCCUGCUGAGCAGAGACCAGCUGCUGCCGGGAGACCGACCAGAGAGCGAGCCGUCACUGAACCAGAGCCGCCCAAACCUGCCAAAGACAACAGGCGCUCCGUUCACAGGACGACCUCCACAGAGAGUCGGGCCGAGGACAACCCGUACGACUUCAGACAUCUGCUGAGGAAGACCUCGCAGAGACGAAGGCUCAUCAAACGCUACUGAAAGCAGGACGGAACCUUUUUACCCGAUUGUCGCACAAACUGUUAAUAUGUGAAGCGUCAUACAAAUAUCACAAGUAUCUGAUUCAUCGCAGUCACCACCAGUGAAAUUCAGCACAACAGAGGUUUGAAGGUAAAUAUAAAUAAUACAAUGUUACGCUGUUUAAACUCGCAGGGAAUGAAGCUUUUAUUUAUGUCAUUUGUAAACUGUACUUUUGCUCAUUUUUCUUUUAUUCAUUUUUCUUUCUUUGCUCGUCGAAUUUGUGUGAGAUUGUUUAUUUAAACCUCAGAUGUGAUUUUAUAUAAUGUCCAUACUGUAGAUCAUGUAAAUAUGCAAAAAUCCUGCUCUUAACACUUUCACAGUUUUUGAUGAAUGUAUCUUUGGAAAAUCGGCUUCGGUGUCGUCGUGUUGUAAGAAAUGUAAAUUCUUCUGUCGGCUGCAAUCAUCUGGUUUGUCCGUGUAAAAAUAAAAUAUUUUCAAAUUC